GUCUGAUCAGCAGAGGAUCUGUUAUAUCUGUCUGAUCAGCAGAGGAUCUGUUAUAUCUGUCUGAUCAGCAAGGUAUCUGUUAUAUCUGUCUGAUCAGCAGGGUAUCUGUUAUAUCUGUCUGAUCAGCAGGGUAUCUGUUAUAUCUGUCUGAUCAGCAGAGGAUCUGUUAUAUCUGUCUGAUCAGCAGAGGAUCUGUUAUAUCUGUCUGAUCAGCAGAGUAUCUGUUAUAUCUGUCUGAUCAGCAGGGUAUCUGUUAUAUCUGUCUGAUCUGUUAUAUCUGUCUGAUCAGCAGAGGAUCUGUUAUAUCUGUCUGAUCAGCAGAGGAUCUGUUAUAUCUUUCUGAUCUGUUAUAUCUGUCUGAUAGAUGAACGUAAAGACCAUGAUGAUCCAGUCUCAGCCAGAGCAGAAAGGACUGAGAAACAUGGAUGCAGGAGAUCUCAAUGUGUCCUCUGCAGGCAAGGAUUUGCACACGGCACACACACAGAACCAGGAAGUUUCGUAUUACUCUUGGGGAGGCCACGCCUCUUCCUCUGCAUAAACAAGGAAAUCGAAAGUUAUCUCUGAUACUCCUCUGCGCUGUUUGUUAGUGAGUGUCAAAAUGGCAGAGGCAUUUUUUGAAGAUCAGGAUUCAUUUAGCUGUUCAAUCUGCUUGGAUAUACUGAAGGAUCCGGUGACUACUUCCUGUGGACACAACUACUGUAUGUGCUGUAUUGAGGGCUGCUGGGAUCAGGACGAUCUGAAAGGUGUUUACAGCUGCCCAGAGUGCCGACAGACCUUUGCCCAGAGGCCUGUUCUGAACAGAAACACGUUGCUGGCUAAAGUGGUGGAGAAACUGAAACAUACUGCUCUUCAUGCUGCUGCUCCUGCUGCUGCUCCUGCUGCUCCUCCUGCUGCUCCUCCUGCUCUCUGUUAUGCUGGACCUGGAGAUGUGGAGUGUGAUUUCUGCACUGGGAGAAAACACAAAGCCCUCAUGUCCUGUCUGGUGUGUCUGGUCUCUUACUGUGAGACUCACCUCCAGCCUCACUAUAAUUUCCCUGCCUUAAAGAAGCACAUGCUGGUCAAAGCCUCCACGCAACUACAGGAGAAGAUCUGCUCUCAACAUGACAAACUGCUGGAGGUUUACUGUCGUACCGAUCAGCAGUGUAUCUGUCUGCUGUGUGUGAUGGAUGAACAUAAAGGCCAUGAUACAGUCUCAGCUGCAGCAGAGAGGACUGAGAAACAGAAGCAGGUGGGGGAGAAACAACAGAAAUCCCAGCAGAGAAUCCAGGAGAGAGAGAAGGAGAUGCAGGAGCUGAGACGGGCUGUGGACUCUCUGAAGCUCUCUGCACAGGCAGCCGUGGACGACAGCGAGAGGAUCUUUGCUGAGCUGAUCCGCACCAUGGAGACACGGUGCUCUGAGGUGAAGGAGCUGAUCAGAGACCAGGAGAAGGCUGAAGUGAGUCAGGCAGAAGGCCUCCUGGAGCAACUGGAGCAGGAGGUGGCUGAGCUGAGGAGGAGAGAUGCUGAGCUGGUGCAGUUCUCUCACACAGAGGACAACAUCCACUUCCUCCAGAGGUUCAAAGACCACAGUGCCCCCCCUGUUUCUGAAGAGAUGCCUGCCAUCAACCUUAACCAAAGUCAUGAUUUUAAGACGGUGAUGACCUCUGACCUCCAGGAAAAGCUGAUGCUCUGCUGUAAGAAGGGAGUGGUGAAGAUAUCAGCAGCAGUGAAAGCUGUCCACAUACUGCAGUCAGCAGAGCCAAGCACCCAAGCAGCAGCAUCUGUCGCACAAUAUCACGGAGAGUAUUAUCGAAAAUACUCUUACAAGGAUAUAUGUUCAUUGUCGCCAGGUAGAGGCAGAGAGCCAGGAGCUGGUGGAUGGCUCUCUGAUAGACCUGUGUGGAGCCACGCUCCUGUGGCGCACGGCCGAGGGCCUGAGCCGCACCCCCACCAUCAACCACCUGGAGGCGCUACGUCAGGAAAUCAACGCAGCCCGGCCCCAGUGUCCCGUCGGCUUCAACACCCUGGCCUUCCCCUCCAUGAGACGCAAGGCAAGUUUCCUCCCUAAUACAAUGACAAUACAAUACAAAAUAUGCCCCCCCCCAUGCUCUUAUCCAAAGCAACUUACAGCAGUUAUUACAUACAGAUAUUUAGUCAUUUAGCAGACUCUCUGAUCCAGAGUCACUACAGUGGGGAGUCAUUUAGCAGACUCUCUUAUCCAGAGUCACUACAGUGGGGAGUCAUUUAGCAGACUCUCUUAUCCAGAGUCACUACAAUGGGGAGUCAUUUAGCAGACUCUCUUAUCCAGAGUCACUACAGUAGGGAGUCAUUUAGCAGACUCUCUUAUCCAGAGUCACUACAGUAGUGAGUCAUUUAGCAGACUCUUUUAUCCAGAGUCACUACAGUAGGGAGUCAUUUAGCAGACUCUCUUAUCCAGAGUCACUACAGUAGUGAGUCAUUUAGCAGACUCUCUUAUCCAGAGUCACUACAAUGGGGAGUCAUUUAGCAGACUCUCUUAUCCAGAGUCACUACAGUAGUGAGUCAUUUAGCAGACUCUCUGAUCCAGAGACACUACAGUAGUGAGUCAUUUAGCAGACUCUCUUAUCCAGAGAUACUACAGUAGGGAGUCAUUUAGCAGACUCUCUGAUCCAGAGACACUACAGUGGGGAGUCAUUUAGCAGACUCUCUGAUCCAGAGUCACUACAGUAGUGAGUCAUUUAGCAGACUCUCUGAUCCAGAGACACUACAGUAGGGAGUCAUUUAGCAGACUCUCUUAUCCAGAGUCACUACAGUAGUGAGUCAUUUAGCAGAGACUCAUAUCCACUACAGUUAGUGGCUAGGUGGGACAACCACAUCUCAGUCAUAGUCAUUUCUCCUUAAUAAAGUAGCAAUCAGUAAAGUCAGAGCUAGUGGGGAAAGACCAGUUGUAGAGAAGGCAGCAGGAGGUUUCUGUAGGGAAAGACCAGUUGUAGAGAAGGCAGCAGGGGGUUUCUGUAGAGAAAGAUCAGUUGUAGAGUAGAGAAGGCAGCAGGGGGUUUCUGUAGGGAAAGACCAGUUGUAGAGAAGGCAGCAGGGGGUUUCUGUAGGGAAAGACCAGUUGUAGAGAAGGCAGCAGGGGGUUUCUGUAGGGAAAGACCAGUUGUAGAGA